AUGCUUCUUUCGUGGACAAAACAUACCGAUAGAAAAGGAUCAACGGUUAGAGUUGUGUUAUUUGACGAUAACAGAGCUUUUGAUUUGAUUUAUCAAGUAAUCCCUGCUACGAAACUGACGUCUCUGGUCAUCACGCAUAUGUAUCCCACAUGAUUGUCGGCUUCCUUAAAACCGUAAACAGAGGGUCAAUUUCUAGCGACAUCAUUGGUCAGAAUGGAAUGAUAAAGGCCGGCCAGAGUCCCACGGGGGAACUAAACUGGGUCCGUGCUUAUUCAUUCUCAAAAUAGAUGAUGUAAGUGUCAACAACAUGGAUCUCUGGAAAUAUGUAGACGAUACUACGCUCGCCGAACCUGUCGACGACUCAAAGAGAGAAACUGCAAAGUGAAACGCGGAUAUCGUUUGCUAGCACCCAUCCCACCUUUCCGCCAGUGAUUAUCAAUGAGAAAGCAACUGACGUUGUGUCUACUGUCGAGCUGCUUGGCCUUAAAAUUUCUAAUGAAUUGAGGUGGAACUAUAAUGUUACCGAGAUAUCUAAAAAGGUGUCAGUGAGGUCGAUACUUUCUAAG